AUGCUUGUCCUAAUUUUUAUUUAUACGCUUCAGCCAAUCUGCAAUUCCUCGGUAUAUGUAACGAUUGACUCUGAGUGUAUCCGAGGGGAAGGAAUUGAAUUUCACUUUAACGAACCCAGCUGCAAUCCCUUUGAGUCAACAUUAAUGAGCCGAUUUUCGUGUUUUGUUCAAUGGACAGAAAUCGGGGGUCUGUUUGCGAUUCUUGUGAAGGAAAAGAAUCCCAAUGAAUACAUUGCAGUAAGCAUGUUUUACAAUGACCAACCAUCGCAAGUUGACCGGGCAAACAAUGAGUAUGGAAGUUUCUCGAAGAUUUCUCUUGGUCUGGGAAUUUUCCGACCAAUUCCUGAAACCACCAAAGAUGCCGCUAGAAGAUUAUAUCCGGAAUUCCUUCAUGAGCUGGAGUUUUUGGACACAACCAUAAAGACGUCACCUCUAACAAUCUACGAAGUUGUGAUCCGUGGAGCUUUUGGUGUCUGCGACGACGAAAUGGAGCAAUGUGAAAGAGGCUGCAACGCAGACGCCAGAAAUCGUCUAUUUUGUCGAAGGUCGUGUCCAUCUGUUAGAAAGGAGUGCAGUAAGUCAUCAUUAAGCUCUAUUCAUAUAUUGAAGUAA